AUGGGAAAAUCUGACUCGGACUACUCCGAUGAGGACAGUGACUCCGGCAGCUCCGUCAAGGAGGUAAAGAAAAAGAAGAAGGAUAAAAAGAAGAAGAAGGAAAAGAAGGCCUCCUCGCCAAAUCCACACAUUGAGGAAAAGAAGAAGGCCGGCGAGAAGCAGUAUCAGGUUGCUUCGCAGGUUGAGCUGUUCGAUGAGUCAGGUUGCAGCAAGGACAGCCGAGAUGACUCUCGCAGUCGCAGUCGCAGCCGCAACCGAGGCCGAUCGCCGCCCAGACGGUCCCCGCCUAGGUAUAAUGCCUCAGGAGGUGGCGGUGGGUACGGAAACUAUGGUGGGGGCCGCGGAGGCUACGGCUCCCCGAUCACCGAUGAAGCUUCCAGAAGGCCCCCGCGGACGCACGCGCGAGCAUGCCGGCCUCUCACCCUGGCAGAGGCCUGUGAGGCCGCCGGCCGUGGAGUGACGACCGGCAAGACGGCACAGGAUGACGAAGUGCAAGUUCUGGAUCCAGACGAGGCUUACACCUGGCCGCUGGGUUUGCGAGGCAAGGACAUCAUCGGCCAGCAUCGCAGCGACCGGCAGUGGAAAAACGUUGGCCGUGCGCUCGGCAUGGGCAAUUGCUCAGCGCUUUGGGAAAUGCCUUGGCUUCCGAUGCGUCGCUAUGACAUGUGCAACGAGCUGUGCCUUGACUCUGUACGCUUGCAUGAAGAUCUCCACCUGCAGACAUCCAUCUGCAUAUCGAUGCAUGCCAUGGCUGCCAUAGGCCCUGCAGAAGGGCUGAAGCUUGCAGCAGAGUGCUCCCCUGCUCACAUUGGUGAUUCAGACGGGAAGAGGGCGCCGGGCAACAAGUGCCUGGAGCCCGACCAGGGCUUGCAGGAAGCGCGGUCCGCAUUGACUUCGGUCAGCGUGACGGGAUGGCUAAUGCAAGAGAGCGAGGCCGAUCGAAUGCUGGAUAUGGGCUUCGAACCACAGAUUCGCAAGAUCCUGGCCAAAGUGCGAAGCACGGGUCUCAGGGAGUCCAACUCGAGAGGGACGGGAGAGCUGGUGGCUGCGCUGCAGGUGAGGCCCUACAAGGUCAUGAUAGGCAACCGGGAAGUGCUGAAGGGCAACCAGGACAUCACGCAGAUUGUGAAGUGCAUGGAUGCCUUCAACAAAAACCGGGAGAUUGUCAACACACUCAGGGAGGAUCAGCGCCAGCGAGAAGAUGCUUUGCACGGCUUGAAGUCGGGCCGUUACAAGGUCUUGGUGGCAACAGAUGUUGCUGCUCGAGGGCUGGACAUCAAGGGUGGGCUCGUCAUCAACUUUGACCCAGCGAACAACACCGAGGAGAUUAUGUUCACCGCAUCGGACGAACUGGUCGUGCUGGAGAAAGGCUAUGCCAUCACCUUCAUGACCGGCCAGUGCCUUACAAUCCCAACGCCACACCUGCAGAAGCUGGGUGGAUGUCAGGAUGCCUCGAAAGCCCGUGGAAUCAUGGAAGUCAUGGAGCGAACCAAUCAGGAGAUUACCCAAGACUUGCUGAAGAUGGCAGUAUCUGUAUCUGCAGCAACAGCAGAGCAGUCGCCAGUUCCCUCAUGCACAGAGCCUGCGGAUCGUAUUGUCGCAAUGGCCGCCUCGACGUCUCAACCCGAUUUCGUAUUGCUGGGGGCAACUGGGUUUCUGGGCGCCAGCAUCCUGCGAAAGCUUGAAAGUAAACAUGUCGUCUGCACAAGCCGAUUGAGGCUAAAGGACCGGCUGGGACUCGAGGCCCUCCUGGAUGAGCAGAAGCCCAAGCUCGGCGUCAUUUGUGCCGCAGGGGAGCGGGGGCGCCCCAACAUUGCUUGGUGCGAUGCCCAUCCUGUCGAGACUUUGGAUGCAAACAUCACUGGGCAAUUAUCCGUGGCAGCUGCAUGUCACGAGCGCGGUUUGCACCUUAUUCUUUUGGGAACGGGAGCCCUCUACCUGGCCAGCGAAAAGAAGCGGAAGUUCUCGGAGGUAGAUCCUCCCAAUGGUGGCUCACCGGGGGUGUACACAGCACUCAGGCAGAAGAUGGAGGAGCUGACAGCCUACUUCAACAACGUCUUGGUGCUGAGGGUGCUCUAUCCCCUGAGUUCAGACUUGGAUCCACGUGGCCUGCUUGGCAAGCUGGCGCGCUUCAAGCAAGUCGAUAGCGUGCAGACAUCGGUCACGAUACUGGAUGACCUCAUGCCGCUGCUUCCGAUACUCGCAGAACGGCGAACAGUUGGAGUCUUGAACUUUACGAAUCCUGGCACAAUUUCCUACCCAGACAUUGUAUUGGGGCUGCAAGAUCGAGCAACGAAGUGCGGAGUGCAAUGGAAAGCUCCGGAGAUCCGAGGAGCUGGAGCAAAGGCAGCUGCAGAGCUCGACACCACGCGGCUGCAGGAGGCCGUGGGCAUGCCCCUCGCAACAGCUGCUGAUUCUUCGCAGCGCAUCAUCUCCUCGCUUAGUGACGAGGAGGUGGUUUCGUUCGUGCAUAGCCUCAGGUGA